AUGCCAUCCUGUCUCUCCGGGCUUGCAGCAUCGGCAGCGUGUGCUGCUCUUGCCCACUCGGUGGUCGCCCAGUGCUCGAACCAUCCACAUCUGGAUUUGUGCUCCGCGAAGCCGAACAAGGAAACGCGCAGGAAAAGAGCGAAGGGGAUUGAUGUCAACCAUGGGGCUCGAAACUCGGCCAGGGUGGCGCUGGUGCUGCCUUUGAUGACUGCUCGACCGUCCUUUUCCACUGGCCUAGUGGUGAUGGCAGUGGCAACCGUGAUAGGUGCAGAUGCUUAUUCGGGCGGCUCAUCAUCCAUGUCCUGCGGCCAAAUUCGAACUUUCUAUCAAGCCCAGGACUGUUGUUCCGAGGGUGAGGAACCUCGGUGGGUGGAUUUAAGCACCAGCGAGGGCAGCAGCUUUAGCAGCUCCGUCUGCGGGGCGAGUAGCCCAGUGGGAGUCUGCCAUUGCGCCAGAGCAAUGCAGCUGCUUUCGCAGGUGCCUGGCGUGCAGUUUCCAGCAGAGUUCUGUGCGCACAUGGCUGACGUGAAGCCGGUGGGCUUUCACGAUCAGCCCAUCUGCGAAGCUUCCGAUGCGGGGAACAACGCGGAAUUCCUCGUGGAUGGCAGGGCUGGCAACACCAACUUCCCCCAUGGAAACAUCAAGGUGCUGGCCACGGCGGGCGAGGUGGACCCACUGACAGGAUCCAUGCUCACAGGUGUGCCAGACGGAUUGGGCGCCUACUUGAAGGAUGCCGACACGGUGCGGUUGAUCUACCAGAGCGAGGCAUACGGCCAGCUGGUCAGCUCCAACCCAGAGUCUUUUCCGUGGACGGUGAACUCCAACACUGCCAGCUUCACUGGCUCCCACAUCCACUUCAUCGAUUACGACAGAAGCAGGCUUGCCACCUUCAUGGACGAUGGGGCACCAGCCAAGGCUCAGGGGAUGGUGAAGGGGGCGGGCAACGCCGUGGCCACGGCUUACAACUUGAAGCGGGAGCUCGUUGGGCCCCGAAAUCGCUUAGGGGACGGUCUGCAGGCCACCAGAUCGAACGUGCAUGAGAGCAACGUCGACGUGUAUGGCAACUACAUCGUCGGAAGCACUGCAAAGGCUCCCAGUAAGGCAGACUGGCUUAUGCAAUCCCUUUGCUCCGCACAUCUGGAGGUGAGGCACCAGUGGGGAAACGGCAAGGGAGUGGAGGACGACCUUUUCAUCACCAACGAAGAAUGGAUCUCUUACCCCGAAAGCUCCUUGCCCAUUGGCCUGCCCGUGCAUGUCCUGAACUUGGGCACCGGCGAGCUUUGGGCCACUGCUGCCUUCACCCUCGGCGGCCACGAGAAGGUCGUGGAAGUGAGCAGCGGCCAUCAGGACUAUGUGGCUUUCGUACCUUCCGGCUACAACGGAGCCUUCGGCAUUAGCCGAGGUGCCGUGUUGGAUGCUCGCAACCGUCUCUACUCCAGAACGGACGGCAAUCCGUACGUGUGGCCGCAGGACAUCGUGCCCACCAAGCUCUACAUCGGCAAGAAGAACACGGACAAAGAAGGUAAUCCGGACUCCGUAGAUUUCCUGGCAAGGAACGGCUUCGAGCACGGAGCCCUGUACGGCUUCGCGGUCGACUGCAUGGUGACGGCUUCUCGAGAUGCCUGGCACAAGACUGCCUCUGCAGGUGACACGGUGAGAGGCGCUUUCUACAAGCUCCGCUGGCAGGCGCAGAGGGGUGUGGUGGAGGGCUUCGAGCACGAUGGAAGCUGGGAGUUUCAGGAUGCUCCGAAAGGUGCCCCGGCCGGCUGGUGCUUUUGGAACUCCAACGGCAAGAACAGUCGCGGCGCCAAGACAGAGCACGUGUCCCCGGAUCCUCGGGGAGGUCACCGCGUCCUGCAAGGUUCCACGGCCGGCUACUUCGGAGUCUACGACUUCUCGAGCCUGCCCUCCCUACUGGGCAGCAGCUUCCCCGACUCCAUUCCUGCUACAUACACAGUGUAUCAACCUGAGUCGGAUGUUCGCAACUUGAUCGAGCUGGGCGGUGCCGGCAUCCGAGCGGACGGGAACAACCAGAAAAUGAUGAGGGACACCAGCAGGGACAAGAGCACCUUCGAGGAUGUUGAUGGCAUGGAGUGGAUCGCCGCGGCAAACGGACAGGACUAUUUCAUCAUCCACGAAGAUGGCGGCAAUUGGUAUGGCGAGCGCAAGUUCCUGGCCAAGGUGGGUAUCCCGAUGAAGUAUUACUUCGUGGCGCAAAGCGGAGGUCGUGCGAACACUCGCGAGCUGGCUGGUGUCAGCUCUGUUGCUGGCGUGAAUGGCGGUGCGGGCUCCCACGAGUUCUCCGGUGCCUUCGACCUCUCCGGAUUGCUUCGGAAGGAUGCUUCGGGCAACUUCGAGCUUCCCGUGAAGGACGUGACCGGAAAGAAGCGCCAGCUCGAGGCCGCCACGCCCAUCAACGAAAAGACCAUCGCCGUGAAUCUGCAAGCCCACAGCAACAGGGCCGGAUUUGCCGUCACCUUCGCCUCGGAUCGGGUUGCUCAGGUCUUGGCUUACAGGCCACGGGUUCCCUAA